AUCCUAUCUUAUAUUUUUUUAUUUGUUCCAAAACCUAUUCGCUCAGUGUAUUCAGAUACAGAUACACAGAUACAAUUAAACACAAAACGCUUAUCACUAAGCAAUAAUCAGAAUUCCAUUAGCCGUAGACGCGAUAUCGCUGAAAAGCAUCUCCCUCGCGCACACACCAGCACACACCCUCUUUGGAUGUAUCUUUGUAUCUGUAUCUGCAGUGUGUGCGCUGUUGUUGUAUCUGAGUAUCCGUUCGCUGCUGGUUGGUUGGUUGGUUCUGGCCUGGCCUGCCCAACUCAACUCAACUCAUUCGCCGGCUUUGCUUGGUUCGUUUUUAGGUUUUGUUUUUAUUUAUUUUGUUGCUUUUGCUAUUGCUGUUGUUGUUGUUGUUGUUGUUGUUGUUGUUGUUGUUGGCUGGCUCUGCCACAGUGCCACUGCGAUGUUAUCUAACUCAGCUCGCCGCGCUGCGCUCUUAUCAGUGCUUUAUCAGUUUUGUUUCGAAUAAUUUCGAAGCGAGCAAAGGAAGUCGACCGCAGCAGAGCGACAGAGCGACAGAGCGGCGAUAUCUUAUUUCAGUUUUCAGGCACUGACUCGGUCCCAUUUUCCCCCUCUUGGUAGUGGCAGAGUACCAGUGCCGGGUCUGAGAGUCUCGGGAUGCAGAUACGAAUCCCAUCCAAAUACGAAUCCGGCGAAUGCGAGUCUCGAAGCCAGACCAGUCACUAGAGAGAUAGGGCAGAAAAUGAAAGAUAAACAACUUGGUCCGCCACAUCGAACACAUCCCGGCAUCAACAAACAUCAGCUGACGGAGAGUAUCUGGCCGCCUCGUCCUCGUCAUCGUCAUCGUCGUCAUCGCUCGGGCGGCUCUCCUCCCGUAUCUGUAUCGGUUGUAUCUCACAGAUACACAGAUACACUGAGACGCCGAACAGAGCAGAGCGGAGCGGAGUGGUUGUGGUGUGGUGUGGCGCACACGAAAAUUUCAUUACUCACCGCCUGCCGCCGGCGGGGCCCGAGUUUCGGCUUUCAGUUUGCUGUGGAACGCGGAUCGAGUAGCAACCUCGAGCGGUAUACUCGCUUCAGUGCUAGACAAAGACAGAGAACGCGGCGGCCGCAAAUUUGAAAUCAGAAAGAGAUAGAGCAUAGCGAUAUAGUGAGCGAUUUGUCGCUACUUAAAAUUAUUUAAAAUAAUAAUUAUUAUUUAUUAUUUUGGUGGAAACAAGUGAUGGGCCAACAAGUGAUUUAGAGUUGCAAGAAUCAAGUCAGCCGGCUUAGAAACCAAAAAAAAAGUGAUGAAGUGACAAGAAGGUGUAGUACGAGAUACAUCUACUCUAAACCUGGAUUAUCCAUAAAAGUCAUAAAAAUAUACUGGAUUACAGAACAACAAUGCUGAGCAGCAAUUCUAGAGGUGAUUGUUCCGAUACCACAGAAGAGAUGACCGUCGACAGCAGAGAUUCCAAAGAUUUAACCGCACAGGAGCUGGGCGAGGAGAAGCCGCUUCAUCAGCUGGAAGAUCAGCUAUCAGAUCAGAUGGACGAUUCCUCUGAUAACCACGAGAACAUCCAUAAUAACAAUAAUGAGAUGGAGGAGGACUCUGUGUCCGAGCAGCCGGAAGAGACUAAUGCCGAGCAGGCCGAGGAUUUGAUGGAAACUGAGAUGAUGGAUCAGGAUCACGAACCCCAGCCGGCCAAGGAGGAGGAGGCAGAUAACCUGCCACCCAAUAGUCCCAGCACACCACCGAGAAGCCCCUCGUCCCCCCGUUUGAUUCCAAAACUGGAGCAGCCCUGCACUCCGCCCUCAGAGCCCGAGGCGGAGCCAUCGCCAUGCCCCUCACCCUCACCCGUGGCUCCCAAACUGCCCAAGCUGCGAUUGAACGCACUCCUGGCCUCAGAUCCCGCCCUUAAGCCGGAUGCCAAGGAGCUGAAUCUGACAGAGCCGCGUCUGCUGGCACCUCCGCCGCUGAUCAAGCCGGAGGCGCCAUCCCAGCCAGAGAUUGUGGAGCCUCUGCUGAAGCCGGCUAGGUUCAUGUGCCUGCCCUGCGGCAUCGCCUUCAGUUCUCCCUCCACUUUGGAGGCCCAUCAGGCCUACUACUGUUCGCACAGGAACAAGGACGCGGAGGAGGAUCAGGCAGCGGGCAACGGCGACAAAUCAUCAGGAACGCCAUCUGGAGCGGCUGGAUCCGGUUCGGGAAGCGGCUCCUCAGAGCCACCGGCCAAAAUGGCCAGGACUGGAAAGCAAUACGCCUGUUCCCAGUGCUCCUACAGUGCCGACAAGAAGGUGUCCCUCAACCGACACAUGCGAAUGCAUCAGACAUCGCCGGCCACUCCCAGCCUUGUGGUGGCCAGUCUGCCGAAUCUCGUCCAGAACGGCUUGCCGCCGGCCGGUGUGCCCAGCAACUCCCUGGAGGAGAGCUCUAGUCAACAGCAAACGGAUCGCUACUGCAGCGACUGUGAUAUCCGGUUCAAUAACAUAAAAACCUACCGGGCCCACAAACAGCACUACUGCAGCUCCCGCCGGACAGAAGGUCAGCUAACCCCCAAGCCGGAUGCAUCUCCCGGAGGCGGUGGAGGAUCGAGUGCCUCGGGAUCGGUAGCCUCUGCCGUGGGGGUGUCUGCCCAGGCCGCUGCUCCCGGAAAACUGAGUCCCCAGGCCCGGAAUAAGACUCCCACACCGGCUAUGGUGGCUGCUGCGGCGGCGGCGGCAGCAGCGGCAGCAGCAGCAGCUGCCUCGUUGCAAGCCCCACCACCUCAGCCGUUUCUGGCACUGCCCACCCAUCCAAUCAUCAUUGUUCCGUGCUCCCUGAUCCGGGCAGCCAGCAUCAUUCCAGGGCCAUUGCCAACGCCCUCCUCGGGAAUCGUGAAUCCGGAAUCCACCUGCUUCACGGUGGAGAAUGGCACCAUCAAGCCCCUGGCCACCGCCCUGCUGGGAAGUGCCCUGGCCGGCAAUGGCAGCCAGUUAAACAACUCCACCGUUAGUCUGCACAACCUGCCCAUUCCCAGCCUGGAACCAGAGCGUCCCUCGGCACCCUCAUCCGCCGCAGAACCCAUAGAGCCCAAGAGCAGUCCACCGGAGCCGAAGCGCAAGGAAGCGGGUGGCACUCGAGAGUCUGCUCCUUUGGAUCUUUCCCUACGCCGUUCCCCAAUCUCCCUGAACUCCUUGAGCCUCAGACAGCGACAGUUGCAACAGCUAUUCGACAUGGAGGAAGUCCUGGGACUGGGUGCCGUGGGGGGAGGCAUCUCAGGCAAGGAGAACAUAAAUACAGCGGCUGCCGGAGCAGGAGGAGGAGGUGGAGGAAGUGUCACUCCCGAGCAGAUAGUGUGUGCCCCUUCCCUGCCCAGCAGUCCCUCGAUGAGUCCUUCACCCAAACGGCGAGCCAUCAGCCCGAGGAGCUCGGGGGCAGGAAGUGCUGCGUCCAUGUCGCCACCCGGCCUGAAUGUGGCAGUGCCACAUCGUUUGGACAUGCUCUCGGCAAUGCUGCCGGCAGACUUUGGUCUUUCUGAAUCCCUGUUGGCCAAAACCAAUCCGGAACUGGCCCUGAAACUGGCAGCAGCUGCGGCGGCUGCAGCAGUGGCCGGAGGAGCUAGUGGCGCUUCACCCGCCUUCCCACCCGUACCCGCCGCUCAAACGGCAGGCAACAACUCUACCGGGGGAGGAGCAGCCGGCGGCGGCCAGCCCCCACAGAUCUAUGUGAAACAGGGCGUGUCCAAGUGCAAGGAGUGCAAUAUAGUGUUCUGCAAGUACGAGAACUAUCUGGCCCACAAGCAGCACUACUGCUCGGCCAGGAACCAAGAAGGAUCGGGCGAUAGUGAUUCCAAAUCAGCAGUUUCCCCCUCUAAUCCCGCCGGAGCUGGUGGAUCUGGGGGCGGAGGAGUAGGUGCUGCCGCUUCGGUGGAGACCUCUCCGGUGGCCUAUCAGCAACUCAUCUGUGCCGCCUGUGGCAUCAAGUACACCUCAUUGGACAACUUGAGGGCGCACCAGAACUACUACUGCCCUAAGGGUGGGGCAGCUGCUGCUGCUCCCGCUGGCACACCCACAGAUCCCGGCCAGCUGACAAUCACCAAGGAGAAGUGCGGAAAGUGCAAAACCCUUCAUGAAAUUGGACUUCCCUGCCCAGCUCCCGCCUCCAAUCCACUGACUGUUCCCACCAAUUCCAACUCCCAACCGAGCGCCUCGAAUAGCGUCAACAAGUGCCCCGUCUGUGGAGUGGUCAGUCCCACGGCGGCUCUGGCCAGGAAGCACAUGGAGAUGCACGGAACAGUCAAGGCCUUCCGUUGCAGCAUCUGCCAAUACAAGGGCAACACUCUCCGGGGCAUGCGCACCCACAUCCGGACGCAUUUCGACAAGAAGACCAGCGACGUGAAUGAGGAGCACUACAUGACCUGCAUCUUCGAGGAGGAGAGUGCCAGUGUGGUCCAGGAGUUGCCAGUAUCGGCGGGAGCAGUAGCCCCACCACUAGAGUCCAUGGAGCAUCCGCCGCAGCUGUUCAACUGCGAUUACUGCAACUAUGGUUCCACCUACAAGGGCAAUGUGCUACGUCACAUGAAACUAUUGCAUCCCCAUGUGGCCAUCAGUUCCCCCUCGAUUUCACCCGAAACCCGGGAACAGGAGGUCAUUGCCAACUCCACACCCAAUCAGCACUCGAAUGAUGGCUCCAACGGCGAAGCCACAAGUUUCCACAUUAAAUCAGAGCCUCUGGAUGCACCUUCCACGCUGAGUCUGAUUCACGAGAACAACAACUCACCCAUACCCACGCCACACAUCAAAGCAGAACCCCUGGACAUUGGGGUAGAUGUGGCACUGGCACCCCCGCCUGUGGCAUCACCCCUGGGCAACAGUAGUGUGGCAGCCGCAGCAGCUGCAGCUGCCGCCGCCGCCGAGGCAAUGAAGAAGUACUGUUCCGUCUGCGACAUAUCCUUCAAUUAUGUGAAGACCUACCUGGCCCACAAGCAGUUCUACUGCAAGAGCAAACCCCACCGACCGGAGGCCAACGACAGUCCAAGUCCGAAUCAUCUAGCUGCCGGCGGAGCAGUGGGUCUGGGCUUGGGUGUGGGGAUGGUGGGUGGCGGACAGCAGAAGAACAAGGAGAACCUGCAGGAGGCGGCCAUUUGAGAGAGCCAAUUGCGUUGGGAGGCGCAGCGGAAGCAGCUGGAAUGGUAUUACAAGUGCUUCUGAGCCGCAGCAGGAGCUGGAGCUGGAGCUGGAGCAACCGAACCUAAUCGAAUCGAAUCCUAAGCUUAGCCAACAUUACCCUGUAAACUAUUACAACUAUACUAUAACUAUACUUAAACCCGUAAUCUGUAAUCUAUAACCUGUAAUCGACGACAGUAUUCUUGGAGAAUCUCCCUGUCGCUGCCCUCCACUUCCAAUAUGCCACUUGGGGACUGACUCCUACGACUUAUCGAUCGAUAGCAGUAGAUAUAUACAUACACCAUACACGCAUAUAUAGAAUACACAAAAUAAUAUCUAAAUAUAUAGACAUAUAGACGCAUACCCAUGAAGUGGGCACCAUGACAUAUAAUGCAUGCCAAAGCUUACCACUUAGAGAGAAACUAAAACGAGUGCAAGAAACUACAAGUUUGCAAGGAUGACGGAGAGGAUUGUGGAGAGUUCUAGAGCAGGAGCAGGAGGAGCAGAAGUAAUCCUAUUUAGAUCCAUUAUUAUAUAUAUUGUAAACUGAUUAAAACUGUGUAAUUUAACUGAGUACAUUAUUUAUUAAGUGUGUGCGACAAUAAAAGUAAUUAAUUUAUUCAA